GUAAUGAGUGUUGACAUAGUGCUGUCAGUGUGGGGCGGUGCGUGCUGUGCAUAGCAGGAACAGGAAGCGGUGGGUGGAUCACAAUGAGGAACUGAACAACACCGGUGACUGCGGACACAGUAUUGUCAGGCGUGAGCGCACUGUGCCGGUGUAUUCGAUUUGUGCCGAGACGGUUUCUUCUCUCAGACGUGUGGAGACUAUGAAGAAUGGGGCUGCCUAUACACUUUGUUGCUGACCCACAGGGAUGGUGCUGUGUCGUGGCGAUUUUCUUCAUCUGGCUGUACAACACACUGUUUAUUCCACAGCUAGUCCUCUUCCCCCGCUUUGAGGAAGGACACAUCCCAGCUGCUGCCAUAUGGGCUUACUACACCGCCUCCGUGUUUUGCGUGGUUUCACUUUUAAGAGCAUCAACCGCAGACCCUGGCAAAUUGCACGAUAGUCCAAAAAUACCUAUCACAGAAAAAGAAUUCUGGGAAUUAUGUAACAAAUGCAACAUGAUGAGACCAAAACGCUCUCACCACUGCAGUAGAUGUGGGCACUGUGUCAGAAAGAUGGAUCACCACUGUCCUUGGAUAAACAACUGUGUUGGAGAAGACAAUCACUGGCUGUUCCUCCAGCUCUGCUUUUACACUCAGCUCCUUAGUGGUUACACUCUCAUUCUGGAUUUCUGCCACUACUACUAUUUUAUGCCUUUAAAAUCCAUUAACUGGGAUGUGUUUGUUUUUAGACAUGAGCUAGCAAUGCUCAGAAUAUCGACUUUUAUGGGCAUUCUCAUGUUUGGAGGCAUGUGCAGCCUGUUCUAUACACAGGUUGUUGGUAUACUAACAGAUAUGACUACUAUAGAAAAAAUGUCCAACUGCUGUGAUGAAGUAUCGAGAGCUCGAAAACCAUGGCAGCAGACCUUCUCAGAAGUUUUUGGCACUCGCUGGAAGAUCCUGUGGUUUAUUCCUUUCAGGCGGAGACGACCACUGGGAGUCUCCUACUACUUUGCCAAUCAUGUCUAAACAGAUGGAUGGUGGGCACAGAUGGAUCCGCCACGCUGGAAGCAAGUUACAGGUUUUAUCUUAACAGUGCUAUGACAGUCUUCAAGUCAAUUAUAAUCCACCCACCAAUCUUAGACAUCACAAAGUGCCCCAGGCUUUGUUUUAAUAGUGAUCUCAAUGCAGUUGUGGGAACAGUACAAGAUAUGUAUUUAUUUGCUGAACAUUGUCUCCUUUCAAGAUGUCCUUUUUCCCUUCAGGACAUAUUGAACUCCCUCAGGCUACAAAUUAAAACCAUGGAUUAAGAUUUUUGUUGAAGUGGUUUUGUUUUUUUUAAACUUUUUUUUUUUUUCUUCUUUUUUUUUUUUUUUUUUUAAACGCCCUGAUAAUACCUGAUACAUGGAUUCCGUUUUGAAACUUUUGUUUUGUUUUUUAAUUUUGGAUUCCAGCUUCCUAACCAAAUAGUAAUUAUUUUUGUAUAAUAUAUACAAACUGUUGUAUUUUGCAAAUCAUUUGUUUUUAACUUACUCCAUUUUUUUCUGGACUACUGCUGCAUACAGUGCAUCACAAACUAAUAUACUGGAAAUUAAAUAUGCUUUUAACUUGAG